UGGAGAUAUGUUUUUUGUAAUUCAUUCUUUCAUGUUUCUAUGAUUUAUGCUGAAUUUGUGCAACACGAAAUUUCUCUAAAAUGACAAGCAUGCUACCAUUUGAUGUAAACAUGGCAGACCCACGACUGCGACAGCAUCAGCAGUUUGAUCUGAUACGCUGUAAACUAUGUAACAAGAUUUACGAGUUACCACGGAUACUGGACUGUCUCCACAGUUUCUGUACUGAUUGCCUGCAGUCCUAUAUCACCGAGCCUUCCCAAGAUCAUGUGACUUGUCCUGUAUGCCAGGAACCAACUCAAAUCUCAGGCGAUGGGGUCAACAGUCUCAUGUUAAAUACCCUCCUUGUCAGGUUUAUAAAUCAAGCACAGAAAGACAAAACAACAGUAGUAGCAGGUCGAGAGGUGUUACAAAUGACACAAGAGGCCCUGACAGAAUCAGAACUAAAAUGUCCCGAAGUAGUGGCAGGUAUACAGGAUAUAGCUACCACUGCUGGACAUGUUCUUGCUGAUAAUCUACAGGAAAACUGUACGGGCUAA